AUGCCUGUCCAACUCCCAGUGUCUAUAGACGGCGCACUGCCUGACGUUCUAGCCAAAAGCAACCUGAAUGGCUUGAGCGACAUUCCAAAGACCAACGGUGUUCAUGUCUCAAAUGGUAUGAACGGAAAAUCAGCCUCGCCGCCCGCCUUGAAAGCCCACAGUGACAACGACUUCUUCGGUCAUUCCAUUCCAAUGAACCCAGAAUACGCCUUCACGCCUCGUAAACUCCGGGUUGUGACCAUCGGCGCUGGGUUUUCCGGCCUAUUGAUGGCCCACAAGUUUCAACAUCGCUUUCCUGAGUUACAAGAAUUUGUUCAGCAUACCAUUUAUGAAGCCCGGAGCGAUGUUGGAGGAACGUGGCUAAUCAACUCCUACCCCGGAGUUCAGUGUGAUGUGCCUUCUCACAUCUACGCCUUUCCAUUUGAUCCGAAUCCCAACUGGAGUCACUUUUACUCCAGUGGCCCGGAAAUUCAAGAAUACAUCAAAAACACAGUCAAGAAGUGGAAUCUAGAUAGAGACCUCCAGCUCAACACUAAAGUUGUAGGGGCAGUGUGGGAAGAGGAUUCUGGGCGCUGGAAGUUGACGGUCGAAAAGGAUGGGGUUCAGCAUGAGGAAUACUGUGAUAUACUGAUCUCAGCUCAGGGUGUCCUAGUCCAUCAUUCGUGGCCUGACAUCCCAGGACUGGCUGACUUCAAGGGUCAUACAACUCAUUCAGCCCACUGGGAUCAUGGCUAUGACUAUUCCAAUAAGCGUAUUGCCGUGAUCGGAAACGGCUCUUCCGGGAUUCAAAUUACCCCUCAAAUGGCCAACUUACCUGGAACUGAAGUUGUGAACUUCAUGCGCAGUCCAGCUUGGGUAUACUAUCGAGUCCCGCCAUCGAAACAUCUGGGCAGAGAUGUAGAAGAUGCCAAUCCGGCUUACUCAGAGGAAGAGAAACAGCGAUUCCGCAAUCCAGAGAAUCACAAAGAGUAUCGGAAGAAUAUAAUUUCUCGGACAAAUAAAGCCUUCCGCCUGUUCAUCAAAGGCGAAAAUAACGAAGCCGCUUGCAAAUUUGGAGCGCAGCAAAUGGCAGAAAAGUUGAACCACGACCCAGAUCUCUGCGAGAAGCUGAUUCCAAAGUGGGAAGUUGGAUGUCGCCGUGUUACUCCCGGUCCAGGUUACCUAGAGGCUUUUGCAAAGCCGAACUGCAACCUGAGCAACAGUCCGAUCACUAAGAUUACGGAGAAUGCUGUACAUACUGCCGAUGGAAAUGUCUUUGAGUGUGAUGUUGUCAUCUGCGCGACUGGGUUUGACGUUUCUCAUUGCCCUCGUUAUCCAAUUGUUGGCCAGAACGGGAUCAAGCUCGCAGACAAGUGGGCAGAGGAGCCAGAGUCUUAUAUGUCGGUUGCUACCUCCAAGUUCCCUAACUACUUUAUGAUGAUGGGACCAAAUUGCCUAGGUGGUCACGGGUCACUGGUAGAAUCGCUGAACUGGACUGGGGACUACUUUGUGAAGUGGAUCAAGAAAAUGGCUACCGAGGACAUCAAAUACGUCGUUCCCAAGCGCUCGGUCGAGGAUGCCUUUGUGAAGUACGGCGAUGAGGUACACAAGACGCUGGUAUGGACCGGCGGUUGCAAGAGCUGGUAUAAGCGCAACCGCGUCAAUGGCCGUGUCACUGCUUUAUUUGGCGGCAGUGCGAUCUUGUUCCACCGAUUGAUCAGCGACAUCCGGCCUGAAGAUUUUGAAAUUGAAUAUAACAGUCCGAAUCCGUUCCGGUUCAUGGGGAACGGCUUUACUGGAUAUGAAAUGGAGGAAGGAAAUGACUUAUCAUACUAUGUUGAGGUCGCAGAUACGCCGUCUUCGUCGGCUUGA